GUGUGUGUGUGUAUGUGUGUGUGUUGAAUGAAAGGCAGCAGCAAGAGGAGCAUACUGCUGCAUUGUUUGGCUGCACAGCAUGUAAACACAGUGUUAACUCCGUCUUAGCAUUAGUCUAACCGAGGGCAGGCCUCUGCAGGCAAGAAAGAGAUUACGGAGGAGCAGUUCAAUCUGACUUUCAGGAUCUUUACUCUGUUCAAGUAAUGGAUUGCAAAUGUGAAACUGGCAACUCUGAGGAUGCACUUCCAGGCUGGUGGAUGAACAGCAGCAACAUCCAAAUUACCGUGGUGGGAUACCUUCUCUACAGAUUCUCACAGACCCUGCCAGCACUGAUCCGAUGGCCAAUUCGUCUUUUUUGCUCUAUAACUGGUCUAUCAGCUCUUUGGGGCUGGGUGAGCCGCCUUGUGAGGACCCUCCGAGGAAUCCAGAGUCUGUGUAAAUGGCUGUCUAGAGUUUGGAAAUUCUUUGUAGCUUGUUCAUCUAAAUUCAAAUGGAUGCUUCCUGUCAUCAGGGUCAUUACAGGAUCAUCAAGCGAUGGGUCUUUGGAGUUUGAAAACACCAGACUGAACCUCUCCAGUCCAUUAAAAGCAGACCUGAGGCUGAUCCUCCUUGGCCCUGCCGGAGGAGGACGUACUUCAGUGACAAACACUUUGCUGGGCUGCAGUGUAGCACAAGGUGACGGACCUCUCACGGAGAGCACCAUUAGAAGGUCUGUAGUGGAUGGUAGAGAGGUCACCGUCAUCGACACUCCAGAUCUACUGGGUCCUUCUUUGGGGAGAAACCAGAAAGCGAGGGAAGCUUUGAGGAGUGUUCAGCUUGCAGGCCCUGGUCCUCAUGCCAUUUUGCUUGUGAUGCGGGCACCACGCUCCAGCAAGAACAUGCAGCAGGACGCGAUGCGAGUCAUCCAAGCUACUCUGGAACUGUUUGGAGAUGGGGUCCUGGAGUACAUCAUACCAGUGCUCACCCAUGCUGACUGUUUGAGCCCAAAGCGCACCGGCGAGCAACUGCUAGAUGCGGAUGCUGGAGGUCUCCAGACGCUGACGUCUCUAUGCGGACAGAGGCCUGAGCUGCUGGACACCAGGCCCGAUCAGCCUCCGGAGGUGCAGAGCGUGACGCGCGGGAAGCUGGUGGGGCGUGUGAUGGAGCUGAAGGCGCUGAGGGGGCAGUUUUUUGUGCAUGAGCUGCAGAGGAGGGAGGAGCGUUUCAGAGAGGAGCUGCUUGGUAACAUGACCUCUGAGCUGGCCAGAAAAGUGGACUACAAGUAGAGCAGGGGUGUCCAAAGUGCAGCCCUGGUUGCCAUUGUCCAGCCACAGCUCAUUUUGUUAAUUGAUUGUUGCUUUACUCUAAAACAAAAAUAAAUUCAUUAGUAAUAAUGUUACACGAAUAUUUGAUCAUUGGUCAUUCAA